CCAGCUGCAGAGCGCCCCGCUGCCCCCCCCAGGCGUGAAUGACAGAGGAGGUGCCUCCGACUGCGCUUUCCGACGUAAACCUGCGUCUUCUCUGCCACGAUGACAUAGACACAGUGAAACAGCUCUGUGGUGACUGGUUCCCAAUCGAGUACCCUGACUCAUGGUACCGAGAUAUCACGUCCAACAAGAAGUUCUUUUCCCUCGCAGCCACAUACAGAGGCUCCAUCGUGGGAAUGAUAGUAGCAGAGAUCAAGAGCAGAACAAAGGUGCAUAAAGAGGAUGGAGACAUCCUAGCUUCCAGUUUUCCUGUGGACACCCAAGUUGCUUACAUCCUAAGUCUUGGAGUGGUGAAGGAGUUCAGGAAACACGGAAUAGGUUCUCUGUUGCUUGAAAGUUUAAAAGACCAUAUAUCAACAACUGCCCAAGAUCACUGCAAAGCCAUCUACCUGCACGUCCUUACCACUAACAACACAGCAAUAAACUUCUACGAAAACAGAGACUUUAAGCAGCACCACUAUCUGCCCUAUUACUAUUCCAUAAGAGGGGUCCUCAAAGAUGGCUUCACCUACGUCCUGUACAUCAAUGGUGGGCAUCCGCCCUGGACAAUCUUUGACUACCUGCAGCACAUUGGAUCAACGCUAGCCAGUCUGAGCCCGUGCUCAAUUCCCCAGAGGAUAUAUCGACAAGCCCAGAGCCUUCUCUGCAGCCUUCUGCCGUGGUCUGGCAUUUCUGCCAAGAGCGGCAUUGAAUAUAGCCGGACGAUGUGACUUGAUCAGCAGAUGUACAAAAACCAAAGGAUUGUUCUUCCUUCCACCUCCCGAACCAUCCGGCUCUGCACUGAUUCCAGAGGUGAUGGCUCUUGGUCAGUGACCCAGCCCCCGAAAAGGACUCCUUAUUCCACAGCUUGACCAAGAUUUUGCAGACUUCGCACUCGACUGGCUGCAGCCCCGACCUACCCCCGUGGGCUGGG